AUGGGGCAAGGGGGGUGCGAUGUGGAGGCCUUGAAGGGGGAUGGGGUGGAGGUGAAAUACAAGGUGUAUGAAGAUCUGGGAGAUGUCUAUGGGGACCAGAGGGAGGGCAUAUUGUCUUACCUGGACAUUUGGGACACAACAGAGCCCCUGAACGAGACUCUGCAGGAAGCUGUCAACACAAUCUGGACAAAGCUGAACCAACUGGGGAAAGGAUUCCAGCCAGCUGCCCGUGUCUUCCAGUGUGCUACCUGCAGCCUCGUGGACUGUCAGUUUGCCCUGGACUGCCCAGUGCAGGACCUGUGGACCUACACGGAUGAAACCAUUGUGCUGCGCUGUGACGUGCCUUUCCACACCCCCAGCAGCCUGCCCGUCACCUGGAUGUUUGCCCCCAAUCUGCGCACACAGGACAUGACACUGUUCAAGGAGCUGAAAGGGAAUCCAGAGAAGCCCUUCAGUCUGACCAUUGAGGAACCUGCUCCAGGAACCGUUGCCUGUCGCCUGGGGGAGCCUUCCAAGCCCAUUAUCCGCAAGUUCUUCUACCUCAACGAGCCAUCUGGCAAUGCCUCUGUGUCCAUCAGACGUGCCACAGAUGUGGACAUCAGGAUACCCAAGAGGAUUCAGAAUCCUCAGAUUCACCCUCAGUGUCUUCUGCUCCUUGCCUCCCUGCUCAUCUUGGCUGCACCAGGCCAUUCUGUGCACACACAAACCCUAAACACCUUCAAGAAAUCUCCCUCCAACACUUCAUCGAGUGUUCUGAAGAGAACCACCUGGCCCAGGGACUGCAGCGAGGUUCCAGUUGGCAGCCCCAGUGGCAUCUACAUCAUCCAGCCCAUGGGGCUGCACCCCAUCAGGGUGUACUGCGAGAUGGGUGGGGCAGACAGGGGCUGGACCGUCAUCCAGAGGAACCGGCAGGACACGGAUAUCACCUGGGCCGAGUCCUGGAGCACCUACAAGCACGGCUUUGGGAACAUGCACGCCGAGUUCUGGCUGGGCAACGAGUACAUCCACCAGAUCACCAGGCAGAAGAUCUACCAGGUCAGGUUUGUCAUCUGGGAUGCUGCAAACAACAUGAAGUUCGCAGACUACAACCUGUUCAGCCUGGACGAUGAGUCCCAGGGCUACCGGCUGAGGCUGGGAGCGCACUCGGGGACAGCGGAGGAUGCCAUGGAUUCAGACAAUCCCAGGAAAGUGCACAACAACAUGAAGUUCUCCACCAAGGAUCGGGAUCAGGACACUUACAGAGGGAACUGUGCCUCUCGCUAUGGGGGUGGGUGGUGGUACUCGGCCUGUUACUCUGUGCAGCUGAACGCCAAGGGGCGCCUGGCAUGGGGCCGCCUGUGCCGGGGGAACUGCAGAGCCUCGGCCAUCCUCAUCAAACCAACUGCAUACCACUAGAGCUCCUUCCCCCUUCUGUCCAUGGGUGCCACCUGGCCAGGCCAGUGCCCUGCUGGGGUCUGUUUGAUGAUGAGGCCUCGGGGGGGAAUAGGGUUGUUCCUCUAUGUCAAGAACUGCUUUGUUUUCCUCCUGUCCUGAAAAGUAGCAAAGCUCCUGGCUCUGUCUCUGGCCAUUCACCUGUGGUGGGUUUUGUGGGGGGGAGAUAUUAUUAGAAUGCAUCUUUAUAAAUGCUGCAGUAUCCAAGCAUGUUCCUUCUGGAGAGAAUGCUGUGCUCAGAAACCUAAAACCCUCCUGAUCAGCAUGGUCUUAUGCUCUUUUUGCUUUGUGGGUACAGAUGUUUUCAGCAGAAAGGUAUCCAUCAUCACCAACUAACCUGA